CGGCGGCGGCGCCAUGGAGCGGCCCGGCAGCGGCGAGGGGGCCUGGGCCGCGCUGCUGGGCCGGCAGCACCCGCAGGCCCGGGAGUUCUGCCCGGGGGUGAACAACCGGCCCUACGUGUGCGAGACCGGGCACUGCUGCGGGGAGAGCGGCUGCUGCACCUACUACUACGAGCUGUGGUGGUUCUGGCUGCUCUGGACCAUCCUGAUCCUGCUGAGCUGCUGCUGCGCCUUCCGGCACCGCCGGGCCAAGCUGCGCCUGCAGCAGCAGCAGCGGCAGAGGGAGAUCAACCUCAUCGCCUACCACGGUGCCUGCCAGUACCCGCCCUCCUCGGGGGACCUCCGGCUGCUGGCCUCCUUCAAGCUGCCGGCGUACGAGGAAGUGGCGCAGCGCCCCGGGACGCCGCCGCCGCCCUACAGCCCCGGGAGCCCCUCGCUGUCGCCCGGCUCCUCCAGGGGCUGCAGCUCCUGCUCCUGCGGCUGCUCCUGCGCCUCCUCCCCCAGCAGCUCCUCGCUCUCGGCGCCGGGCACCGACGAGACGGACCCAGAGCCGGGCCCGGGCACGGGGGGUGGCAGUACCGGCCGUGACUACGGCUCCAGCAGCACCGGCACCGGUGCCAGCUGGGACCUGCCCCUGCCCGAGGAGCUGCCGGCCCGCGGGGGCCCCCCCAAACAAGUGCCCCCGGACUUGUGUGAGGCCGAGGGCCACCCCUGCUCCAUCACCCAGGGGGGCGAGGACGGGGGGAGCAGAGCGGUGCCAGGGGGAUGCCCCGGGCGGCACCGGCGGCUCACAGGGGAUUCGGGCAUCGAGCCCCCCACCAAGACCCCCAAGUGGGGUCUGGACUCAUCACGGAGCCCCUGGGGGCCCUUCACCUAG